AUGGCCGCUAAGCCGCGGGUGCUGGUGCUGGGCGGCGCCGGCAUGAUCGGCCGCAACUUCGUCAAGUAUCUGGUGGACCGUGACCUGGUAUCGGCUGUGCGUGUGGCUGACAAGACGAUGCCUGAGAUCUCUUACUUCAGCGCCCCGCACAAAGAGGCAUUCGCGGACGAGCGUGUCAAAUUCGUGCAGGCGGAUUUGACUCGUGACGCUCAUGUGGACCGCGCGUUUAACCCGGAGUUCGGUCCCUACGACUUCGUAUUCAACCUAGCGGGCGAGACUAAGUGCGGACUCUCAGAAACCGUCUACGCCUCCAAAUGCCGCGACUUGUCGGUGAAGUGCGCCAAGAAGGCGCAGGAGGUGGGUGUGAAGCGCUACAUUGAAGUAUCCACCGCCUUCGUGUACAAGUCGCAGGUCAAGCAGUCGGCAAAGGAGGACGCCGAGCUGCAGCCGUGGACUCUGCAAGCCAAGUACAAACUAGAGGCGGAGGAGGAGAUCCGCAGUAUGACUGAUCUGAAGGUUGUGUUCCUCCGCCUGGCGACGGUGUACGGGUCGGCGGAUUCGGCGGGACUCAUGCCUAGAAUUGUCUGCGCCGCCUCAUAUGUAAAGUUGGAGGAGAAGAUGAAGCUGCUUUGGGACGCCGAGAUGCGCGUCAACACGGUUCAUGUGUAUGAUGUGUGCCAAGCGCUGUGGCACCUGAUUAGUGCUGGGAACGAUGGCGAAGUUUACAACUUAGUGGACAAGAACGACACCAACCAAGCCAAGAUCAACGCCGUGUUGGAGGAGAUUUUCCACAUCAAGACCGGCUUCAUCGGCAAGCUGGUGUCUAACCUGGCACGCGUUCGUCUUGCUGACGUCGUGGACGAUGCCAACGAGAAGCACAUGCAGCCGUGGGCCGAUCUGUGCGCGGAACAUGGCAUUACCAAUACACCCCUGACGCCCUACAUCGACAAGGAAUUGCUACAGCACAACCAUCUCUAUGUGGACGGCUCUAAGAUCGAGUCCACGGGCUUCCGAUACGAACACCCGACGUUGGAGACCAAGGAAGUGCGCAGCGUGCUGGAAGAGAUGGUGCAGCAGAAGAUCUUCCCGCCUAUCUUGUCAUGA